UGUUGUGUAAUGUCUAAAUUGGUAAGGCCAUGGAGUCUUGCAGGGUUCCCUAUCAUAACCUUGGAAAAUAUCAGAAAGAAGAUUGAUAAAAUGGUGAACAACUAUUACAAGUUAAAGAAGAAUAGCAAAAGGAACAGCCCAACAGAUACGAAAAGGAAUGAGGCAUUUUUUGAAGAAAUGUUAAAAUGCUUUUGGAUUAGUAAAAAAAAAGAAGAACUAAUUGAAGAUAUUAUAAAAGACAGGAGAAGGACAUCCGAAGCCAAAAAUGAAGAUAUUGUGUUUAUCUUAGACCAAAUUGGAAAUAGGAUAGGAAGAAUAGGAACAAAUGAUAAAAGGUUUACGUACACUAUUAAGAGAUCCCACAAAAAAUUGUGUUCCAUGUUAAACAUGGAGAUUAAAGUAAACAAUGGUAACAAUCUAUACAGUUUAGAAAACUCUUCAAGUAGUGAUAAUAAUUCUGACUGUGAAUAUGUAGCAGAUAUAAAAAAAGAACAAUCUACCUCUGUUGUUUUGUUACCAAAAAAUAUUUAAAAAAAAACAGCUCUCACAGCAAUAGGUGAAGGACUUUCAGUUAGACAACACACUGCAAUAGUGGCAAGUGUUAUUGCUAAUUCAGGAGGUGAUGUUACUAAUUUUGCAAUAUCUUCUUCAACCGCAUUUAGAGUUGCAGAAGUUGUAACUAAAGAGGGAGAAAAGAUUAAAAAGCACGUUACUGAUCUUGUUAAAUCUUCAUCAUUACCAAUUAUUCUCCAUUUUGAUGGAAAAAUAGUUAAGGAGUUCAAGCGGAAUAGAACAUCAACUUGACAGACUUGCUGUUUCCAUCAGGAUAGAUGGACAGAGUGAGCUUCUUGGGGUUCCUCAUUUGAGCUCUAGUACUGGAGAAACACAGAAGAAUACAAUCAUAAAACUUCUUCAUCAAUUUGAUAUUUUUGAUAAAUUACAAGGAUGCGUUUUUGAUACAACUUCUGUAAAUACUGGUAAUAAAAAGGGUGUGUGCAUUAGAUUAGCUGCAGAGCUUGAUAGACCACUACUUCUCCUAGCAUGUAGGCAUCACAUCUAUGAAAGGCAUAUUAUUCACUGCUGGAACAUUUAUCCAAGCAGUAAAAUAAAUGGUCCAGAUAAUCCAUUGUUUAAGAAGCUUAAAGAUGUAUGGAACUCAAUUGAUCAAAAUUCCAUUGUGUUAAACAAAGUAAAAAUUGAAGAUAUUUCUGAUAGCUGGCUGCAGGUACAGUUCAAAGAAGCCUUAUCUUUUUCUCAAAAUAUUAUCAGAAUGAAAACAAUGAAAAAGGAUGGAUGUAGGUCUGAUUAUCUAGAGUUAGUGGAAUUGACAACAAUGGUUUUAUCUGGUGAUGAACAGUACAGGCUAAGAAAACCUGGGCCUGUACACCAUGCCAGAUUUAUGGCAAAGGGAAUAUACUUUCUGAAAAUGUAUCUCCUUCUAAACAACAUUUCUAGCUUGACAGAUUUUGAGAAGAAAGAAAUAAAUGAUAUGGCAUUCUUCACAGCUGUAUUUUACAC